CUAAGCGUAGUCAUCUCAUCAUGUCGUCUCCCGUGGCUUGUCUCAUCCUUCUCGUCAUCAUCGUCGCCAGUGGUCAGGCCGACCACGAAGCGGACUUCCGAGCAAACUACGAUAAACUCAAAUGUCACAGAGGAUACGUUGGCAAGUUUACGCCCAAGCUGGACGGGGUGCUCAAAGAUUGCACUUCGAAAUCCAUUGGAGCUUAUUUCUGUUACUUCGCCUGUGUCGAAACGGGAAUGGGAGCCUUCGUAGAUGGCGCCUUCUACGAUCCCGCGCGUCGGGAGGCUUUAGAGACGCUUUUCGACCCCGCUAUGCCCGUGAGUAAGGCUACGAUCGAUACCUGGAUGAAGUAUGCUACAAUUUGUGAAGACGAGGCCAUUAAGAAAGGAUUGAAGAUUCCUGCAGAUUACUUUGGUGAUUGCAAGGGUUAUGAAGAGAUGAAGACGUGCAUAGCAAAGUCAAGGAAAUGCCUUGUGUGAGAAAUCUGGCCAGUUUUCUCAAUAAAUUUGAUGUUCUAUCCAACGAAAAUUGUUUUGAUUACAUAUAAAUUCUAUAUUUUACAUACAUUUCUAAUUUGAAAG